AUCGCGCGGCUGCUGCAGCUGGACGAGCGGGAAGCGGUGGAAACGCUGCGCUGCGUCUUCACGGCGCCGCCCGUCGACUCGCCGAAAGGCACGUUCGGCGUCCUGCUGCUCGUCACGCUCGACGGCGUCGACCUGCUCUGGGCGGCGUCCAACUCGCUGGUGGCGCUCGUGGCGCACCAGCUGUGUGCGUCGCUCGACGAGCUGAACGAGACGGCGCCAACGUCGGGCUGCCACGUCGUGGUGCUUGCCACGGCGGAAAGCGGCGAAGCCCUCCCAACUGCACUGCUCUCGCGGCUUUCGCUGCUGCGCGUGCACGUUGCCCACACAUCAGUACAAGAGCGGCUGUGCGUCAUCGACAGGCGGAGUUUGGCAACCGAUUUUCCGCCGCGCGUGCGUGAAAUGGCGGCUGAGGCGCUCGCCGGGCUGACGGCCGGGCAGCUGGCAGCGAUGGGCGACGAGGCGUUGCUGCAGCUGCUGGAACGCGAGGCGGCACUUGACGCACAGCAGCAGAAGCAGCAGCAUAUGUGUAGGCAGCAACAACAACGGCAACAGAUGCUGGAUGGAGACAAAGAGAAGGGUGAGGACGAGGAAGGCGAUAUGGUUGAUGAAGCGUACCGCGGGCUUAUUGGGGUGCGUGACGUCAUCCGCGACCUCGAGGAGCUCGUGGUGUGGCCUCUGCUCCAGCUGCCAUUCCUCCGUCGCUGCAACGUGGCGCCGCCGAAAGGCCUUGUGUUGUUUGGCCCGCCGGGCAGCGGCAAGACGGCAGUGCUGACGGCGCUGGCGCGGCGACUGCGC